CAGGCAGACUCGGACAGAUACAGUACAUUCACAAUGCUGUUAGCAUCAGUUUUAUUUUAUUUUGCAUCUUCCAUGAGGAUUGUCUCAGUUGCAGAUUGGUGCUACCAAUCCCAAGUUACAUGCAAUCACACCUGCACAGGUCCAGAGGUAUGGGGAGUGGUUUCACCGCACUGCAGUGGCAAAUCUCAGUCUCCAGUUAUUGUUACAAGGAGAAUUCUACCAGAUGAACGACUCACUCCUUUUCACUUCAUUGGCUAUCAAGAGGCUUUUCAUGGUCGCCUCAUAAACUCCGGUCACAGUGUUCAACUGGAUUUACCCUCUGGUAUGAGGAUCAAAGGAGGAAAUCUGGCUGCACCAUAUAAAGCAGUUCAACUUCACUUGCAUUGGGGCAAAGACAGAGGACCUGGGUCUGAACACACGGUUGAUGGAGAACAAUUUCCAAUGGGGAUGCAUAUAGUCCACGUAAAAGAAGAAUACGACUCUAUAUCCCAGGCUCUAAGCAACCACAUAGCCGUGGCUGUUCUUGGCUUUUUCUUUGAGAAGUCCAAGUCUGCAAAUAAGAAAUUGUAUCCACUUCUUAAUGCUCUGAAAUACAUCACACGACCUACCAACAGUACGACACUGAAAGGCGUGUCCCUGGAAAUGUUCAUACCUCCUGAGAAGAAUAGGACCAAGUACUUUCGCUAUGAUGGCUCCCUCACCACACCCAACUGCGCUGAAGCUGUCAUCUGGAGCCUGUUUGAAAACACAGUUCCUCUAAACAGGAAGCAGCUCGCUGUAUUCGCCCAGCUUCAGUUUUCUAAUGGAAAGCAUUUCUGUUUAAUUUACUACACCUUUAUAAAUAAAUACUGCAGUAUAUCUCCACUGAUGAUUGUCAAAUAA